UCCUCCCGGCAGUCCCUGAGUCCCGCAGGCCCCGCGUCCCCGCUGCACCCCCCGUCCACUCCCGUGGUCCCUCGUCCGGCAUGGCGCGCGCGGUGGGGUCCGAGCGGAGGCUGCUGGCCGUCUACACCGGCGGCACCAUUGGCAUGCGGAGUGAGCUCGGCGUGCUCGUGCCUGGGACGGGCCUGGCUGCCAUCCUGAGGACACUGCCCAUGUUCCAUGACGAACAGCAUGCCCGAGCCUGCGGCCUCUCUGAGGACAUCCUGGUGCUGCCCCCGGCCACCCCCAACCAGAGGAUCCUCUACACCGUGCUGGAGUGCCAGCCCCUCUUCGACUCCAGUGACAUGACCAUCGCUGAGUGGGUUCGCGUUGCCCAGACCAUCGAGAGGCACUACAAGCAGUACCACGGCUUUGUGGUCAUCCACGGCACUGACACCAUGGCCUUUGCUGCCUCGAUGCUGUCCUUCAUGCUGGAGAACCUGCAGAAGACCGUCAUCCUCACUGGGGCCCAGGUGUCCAUCCAUGCCCUGUGGAGCGACGGCCGUGAGAACCUGCUGGGGGCGCUGCUCAUGGCCGGCCAGUAUGUGAUCCCAGAGGUCUGCCUCUUCUUCCAGAAUCAGCUGUUUCGGGGCAACCGGACGACCAAGGUGGACGCUCGGAGGUUCGCGGCCUUCUGCUCCCCGAACCUGCCGCCUCUGGCCACUGUGGGUGCUGACGUCACAGUCAACAGGGAGCUGGUGCGGAAGGUUGGCGGGAAGGCGGGGCUGGUGGUGCACAGCAGCAUGGAGCAGGAUGUGGGCCUGCUACGCCUCUACCCUGGGAUCCCCGCCGCCCUGGUUCGGGCCUUCUUGCAGCCUCCCCUGAAGGGCAUGGUCAUGGAGACCUUCGGUUCGGGGAAUGGACCCACCAAGCCCGACCUGCUGCAGGAGCUGCAGAUGGCGACCAAACGCGGCCUGGUCAUCGUCAACUGUACCCACUGCCUCCAGGGGACUGUGACCACAGACUAUGCAGCUGGCAUGGCCAUGGAGGGAGCCGGCGUCAUCUCAGGCUUCGACAUGACGUCGGAGGCCGCGCUGGCCAAGCUAUCGUAUGUGCUGGGCCAGCCAGGGUUGAGCCUGGAUGACAGGAAGGAGCCUGCAUGGAGACCUGAAGUUCCCCUAACUGUCGCCAGGAAAUCCUCUCCUGCUUCCCACUUUUCCUGGAGGCUGCUGACCAAGGACCUUCGUGGGGAGAUGACACCACCCUCGGUGGAAGAGUGCCAGCCCUCACUGCAGGGCAACACGCUGGGCCGUGGGGUCUCCUGGCUCCUCAGUCUGAGUGGCAGCCAGGUAAUGGCGUGGCACACGAGCCUGAGUGGCAGCUGGGGGCUGUGCAUCCUCUUGAUCACCCUGGGAUGCACCAGGCAGGCACGAGCCCCUGUAGCCAUCACUCCAGCCCAAACAGUUAGGCACACCCCGGUUCUGGGGCCCAGGAGGAGGGUUUGGGGUCUGCAGCAAGGAGGGUUUGCAGGGUCCCUGGGGCAGGAUGCAGGAAGGGCCAGGUGGUGGGCACACAGCAGGGAGGCUGGGGGACAGGGCUCGGCAGGCCACUGCCUUCUGACUGGCAGCGCAGCCUUAGUGCAGGGCUGCCUUGGGAGCUGCCUGUCCGGAAGACGGGUGGGUGAGUGGGGGCGGUGCUUGCUCUGGGCUCUCCCAGGCUCUGAGCACCAGGGGUUCCAGGCCCCCACCUGAACCUGGAGGUGAGGACCAGCCCUUGAGCACGUCUCCUGCACAACUGGGGUGCCUAGACCUAGGAAGGAGGGCUUUUGAGGCCUGGGGUCUGCAGGGGAAUGGGGCCUCCCUGGACCCCGCAACAUGCCCCCUUGGCUGUUGGACCAAGCAUCCAGGCCUGACAUGGGGCCUGGCAGGCCAGAUGGCCUUGUUCCCCACUGCCUGGGCUCCUGCCCUGGUCUCAGUGCCUCAGUUUCCCCCCUAUAGGGAUGGACCUGUCUUGUGAGCCAUGUGCUACAACUGCUACUUGCUGGGGCGGGUGAUGCACAGAUGGAAAGGACUGGCGUGCAUGGCCCGUUAUUAGGGCAGCUGCAUGGGGCUUGAAUGCUCUAGGGAGACAGGCCAGAGGCAGCAGCCUUGUCACCAGGCCAUGUUGUGCCCGCUGGGUAUGGUGGCACCUGUGAGGCCUCUGCCAGGACCCCGGCCUUUUGGCGUCUUGGUGAGCUCCCGGAUGCCAGGUGCUGGGGGCAGGUGGCUCUUCUGGGAAGGUGCAGCCGUGGGAACAGGGCCUUCCUCCCAGGGUAGGGGUCUGGCUCCCCUUCCCACACUCCUCACGAGGGUGACUUAUGAUUCUGUCCCGACAGUGGUGGGAGCAGAUGGGGGUGUCUUGGAGGGUGGGUAGCAGGCCCUGGCCACACACCUGUUGGGGACAGAGCUGGAUGGUGGUCUCGUGGUCUGGCCUUGGCUCCAGGGGCAGGGGGCCUGGGUGGGGUGGGGUAUUGAGGCUCCACCGCAGGCCUUCCAACUUGGCAGCUCAGGUUCCUUCUCACCCAUGCCCUGGGAUCUGUGGGCCCUUGUGUGGGGUCUGGCAGGGGUCACACAGCACCAGGGACUGCCAGUUCCACCAGAUGCCAGAGGGAGGCAUGGGUCCCAGGGUGCCGCCUUCCCCACCCAGGAGGCAGAUGCCCUGCGGAAUGCCCUGAUGCCCAGCCUGGCCUGUGCUGCCGCCCACGCCGGCAACCUGGAGGUGCUGCAGGUGCUUGUG